CCUUCUCCCCUUCUUCCAUCCCACAACACCAAUACUCUGGAUACUCUGAACAAAACCAUAUUCGCCGCCUACAUCCAGACUUGACCUUUUCCGAUCUCAUCAUCAGUCUUUGAUAGUAGAUCCGAGCAGCUCCGAUAUGCAACUCUACCCCUCAUCGACUUACCACCACACUUUCAAUGUCACUCGCAGAGUUCACCAGCCCCAGAUCAGACGUCCAGCUUGGCACAUAGCUUGAGAAAACACCACAAAAAAAAAAGAUAUACUCAUUUUACUUUCCCAUAUAGAGCCUCUCUGCUCUUGACCAAACCAACACCAUCAUCGCCUUCUUAUCGACGCCCUUUAUGGCUCCCACCCGUGACCUUGCGCCCGCAAAGGGCCGUGGUCGCUUCAGACUGAGACGGCCCUCUGUCUCCAUCCCAGACAGCACUCCGUUGGAGAAGUUGGACCUGUCCAACGCCAACGUUUCCGAGAUCUCACUCGCCCCCAUGGACCGUUCGGCCGACAACAGAUCCGACUUGAGCAUCAGCUCAUCCGGGAGCUGGAGGAACAAGGACAGCAGCAGCAGCAGCAGCAGCAGCGGGAAGCCUCCGUUGAUGUUCAAGCCCCCUGCCCUCCGCUACCGUGCGUCUCGCCCAGAGCUCGGCCGGCCGUGGAGGCGCUCCAACGAAGCUGUCUACCCUUCCGCCGACGACACCAACGACUCGGAUGUCGAGUCCAAGUACAGCUUCGACUCCCGCUCCACCAUCACCAACGCAACCAGCGUCGAGGACUUUGACACGCACCCCAGCAAGACUGACACUUACACCUCGGCCGUCCGCACCCGGCCGUUCACUGUUGAGAAGCAAGUCACUAGAACCACCACUGCCACCACCAUUCCACCUCCCCCAGCCAAGCCCGCCAACCUCAAGGGCGCCCGGGUCGACAUCGUCGCGCCCAAGAGGCAGACCGUCCACAUCCAGGUGGCCCCCGUAGCCCCCGCCCCUCCUGUGGUCCAGACCAUCACCUCUCACGAGCUCCGUGAACGUGAGAAGGUAGAGGAUGGGCUCCUCAAGGAGAUCUCUCGCAUGAAGGAGGAGACCAAGAGCCUCCUCGGCAAGCAGUCCGACACCGACAAGAGACUCGAAGACGCCCUGGAGAGGCUCUCGACACUCUCUGCCGACAAGGAAAAGACGGAGAAGAAGCGCCGCGAGGAGAAGAGUCUCAAGGACAAGAUCGCCCGCGACUUUGACGAACAGAGCCGGCUCCUGGAUGACGUCAAGAGCUGCCUCAGCGAGCACGAGAAGAAGCUCCAAGAUGUCGCCCGCGAACGGGACCAGCUCAAGGGCAUCAAGCAGCGGCUGGAAGCCAAGUCCAACGACCUCGAGAAGCAGAUCGCUCUCGAGAGGGACGCCAAGGAUGAGGUCGCCAACAAGAACGCCGUCUUGGAGAUGGACAUUGCCGAGCAGGAAAAGAUCAAGAAGCACUUUGAGACGCGGUGCCGCGACCUGGAGAGGAGCGUCGGCGACGCCCACUACGUCACCAAGGAGACGGAGCGCGCCCUCAUCGAGCGGAUCGCCGCGCUGGAGCUGACCAAGGAGAGUCUCCAGGUCCGCGUCGCCGGGCUCGAGACGGAGCUCAUCCGCAGGGGCACCGAGAUCGGCGACAUCACCGCCGAGCGCAACCUCUUGCGCAUGGACGUCGACAAGUACAAGCCCCAGGUCGACCAGCUCAACAAGGAGAACGGCGCCCUGACGGAGGCCAACAGGGGCCUGCAGGCCCGCAUCGACGACCUCGACCAGCAGAGGAAGGGGCUCGAGGCCAACGUGGAGAAGCUCGAGACGGAGAAGAAGAGCGCCCAGGACAGCUACGACGCGCUCGAGGCGGAGAGGAAGGGCCUCGAGGCCGACAUGGAGAAGCUCAAAACGGAGAAGAAGGACGUAGAGGGCCGCUUCGGCGCUCUCGAGGUCGAGAAGAAGGAGAUCCAGGUCCGCUUCAGCGCCCUCGAGGUCGAGAAGCAGGAGGUCGAGGUCCGCCUGACGCAGCUCGAGACCACCAACACGGAGAUGCAGACCCGCUUCGAGAGCCUUGAGGCCACCAAGGGCGAGCUCGAGCUCGGCAAGGGCCAGCUCGAGACGCAGGUCAAGACGCUCGAGGGCGUCAAGGCCAAGUACGACAAGCUCAAAACGCGCGUCGAGGGCCUCAAGGACAAGAACGCGACGCUCCAGUCCCAGGUCGGCGCCCUCCUCCAGGACCAGGACGACAAGAGCUCCCAGAUCCUCAGUCUGGCCGAGGAGCGCAACAGCCUCCGUUCCGAGAACGCGUCGCUCAAGGACGAGAACGAGUCUGUCACAAGCGAGCUCCGACGCGCCGAGUCGCUCAUGGGCUCCGUCGCCGGCUCCGUAACCCCCUCCGUCGUGGGUUCCGCAGACGAGAGCGACGCGGACACUGUCAAGGGCGAAGACGAAGCCCCGCCGCCGGCCCCCGAGGAGGCGCCGCCUGCACCCCCUUCGACGAAGGAGGAAGAGGCUGCUGCUGCAGUCCCCAUUAUCGAAGAAGCACCGCCCGCCCCCGAGGAUGUGAAGGACGACGCGGCUAGUGCCAAGUCCGUGGCCCCUGAGCCCGAAGCGGCGGAACCGGAAGCAACACCGGCACCCAUCGACAACGACGCUGGCACCACUACCACCGAGAAGGCCGAGUCCGCAUCGGUCAAGUCGGUCAACUCGGCUACCCCCUCCGAGUCGGCCGUCAUGGAGGAGCUCCGCCAGCGCAUCGCCGAGCUCCAAGACCGCAACGAACAACUGCAGUCCGAGACCGUCAAGCUCGGCUCCCUCAUGGCGGAGAGGGACGAGCUGGCCACGCGCGCAGCGGCGAUGGAGCCCGAGGCCCGCCAGGCGCCGCAGCUGCGCCAGGAGAACGCGGCGCUGACGUCGCAGCUGGGGCUCGUCAACGCCCAGCUCGACGGUCUCCGCGCGUCGUACGACGCCUCGGUCGCCGAGGUCAACGGCCUCAAGGACCAGAUCGGCCAGCUGCGGGGGCGACUGUCGAGCACGCCGUCGUCGCUCCAGUCGCGCUCGAGGGAGUCGUCCCACGCGAGGCAGCCGACCAAGACGAAGAAGGACAACGACAAGAAGAAGGAGCAGUUGGUGGUUGUGCGUAACCCGAACGAACGGGGCGGCAUUCAAAUUAUGCGACGCUGCGAUCUGCGCUCCAAGAGGUCCUCGUCUCAGCAUUCUCAUUCAGAGGGUGACAAGAGCGAGUAACAAUCCUCACUACCGCGAUGUUUCUUUUGUACAUACAACAGGCAUGGAAUAGCGAAGGAUUUUGGAAUUGGCAAGGGAGUAUAGUUGGAUAUCAUGUCCAUGACGACUGAUUGGAUAUUAUCAUGGUAGCGUUUCUUUUGUCUUUUUUUCGCACAUUUUUGUUUUCUGAUCUCCAGGGGGGGGGGCACAACGGCAUGCGCGGCGGAUUCGGUCAGUAGCGCUCUAGGCCUCUCAUUCAUACAUCUCCUUUGUCUCGGUGGAACAGGGGAACGGAAAGGGCUGGGCUGAUAAACAUGUAACGGGUUGCAUGGCCGGAUUAUCAUGGAAGACUGGGUGCCCUCAGGGGCGCGGAACACAUGCAUCAUGUAGACUUUGCCGUAUAGUUUGUAUUUUUGUUGUCUUGGCUUAGAUAGCGUCAGCGUGUUGUUUUUUGUUUUGUUUUUAUGCAGUAACCAGCUAUUAACUACGUCUUGUUGCUCA